CGCCCCCCGCGCGCCGCCGGCGGCGCGGCGCGCGGCCCUGCUGCUGCUGGCGGGCUGCGUGCGGCGGUCGCGCGCCGCCAGUGGCGCGGGCGCUCCGCAGAGGAGAACAUACUGUUCCUCCUGGCCGACGACGUCGGCGCGGAGUUCUCCGUGUCGCGCGAGGGCGGGGCCUACGCCCCGAACCUGCGCCGCCUGGCGGAGCGGGGCACGGUGUUCGACAGGGCGUACACGGCGGUGUCCUCGUGCAGCCCUUCGAGGAGCCCAUACUGAGCGGGCUCCCGAGCCACCAGAACGGCAUGUACGGGCUGAGCCAGGCGCCCGGGAAUUUCCAGUCGCUCGCGGGCGUCGCGGGUAUCCCAAACUUGCUGAACCGGGCAGGCUACAAGACGGGGAUCAUCGGCAAGUACCACGUCGGGCCCGUCCAGGCGUACGACUUCACGUACGGCCUGACCGCGGAGCAUUGCUGGGCCGGUGCGAUCCCCCCCGGCGGUGUCGGGGAAAUCUGCCCCUCGCCCCGCAGCGACAUCUGCGAGUUCUCUGAGCGCUCACCAGAGGCCUACUCUGUCGUCUCUCGCAACAUCACCCAUAUGAAGCUCGCGGCGAGGCAGUUCCUGACUGCGAUCGAGCCCGAGAGGCCUUUCUUCUUAUAUGUUGGCUUUGGCGACGGCCACCGGUGCGCCUUCGAGGGUGCGCUGGGCAGCUUCUGCGAGAAGUUUGGCAGCGGCCUGCCUGGCCAGGGGUCUAUACCUGACUGGUCGCCGCGAUGGUUCUCUGCCGAUGAGGUCCCCGUCCCGUGGUUCCUUCCAGACAGCGAGGCGGUGAGGCUGGACAUAGCUGCGCAGUGCACAUCCGUGAAUCGGAUGGACCAGGGCAUCGGCCUCAUCCUGGACGAGCUGGAGUCGUCGGGGCACACGAAUGACACUCUCGUGCUCUUCUUCUCCGACAACGGGAGCCCGCUCCCGUCUGCGAAGACGAACCUGUACGAGCAGGGGCAGGCCGAGCCCCUGGUGGUCGCCGCGCCGGGCUUCCCUGCGGGGGGCACGCGCUCCUCGGCGGUGGUCUCCUCGCUGGACUUCGUGCCCACGAUGCUGUCGUGGGCCGGCAUCGAGGGCGCCUCCCCGGGCGUCGGCGAGUACUCCGGCUCGUCCCUGCUGCCGCUCCUCGGCAGGCGGGCGCCGCCCCCGGCCUGGAGGAACGCCGCCUUCGGCUCCCACAGCUUCCACAGCCUCUACGCCUACUACCCCAUGCGGUCCGUGGUGACCGACCGGUACCGGCUGGUGCACAACCUGGUGCACGGCGCCUCCUACCCCGUGCUGGAGGACGUGUACGCGACGAGGACCUGGAGGGAGCUGCAGCGCAACGGCAGCGCCGGGGAGCCCACGGGGUGGGUGUACGACUUCCACGCCUACCUGCACCGCCCGGAGUGGGAGCUCUUCGACCUGCGCACGGACCCGAGGCAGCAGGUCAACCUCGCACGGCGAGGCGGCCACGAGCGCGUGAUGAGUGAGCUGCAGGACAUGCUGACGACGUGGCGCAAGAGGACCGGGGACCCGUGGCUGGUGUGCAGCGAGGCCAGCACGUACGGGUAUUGCACCGGCGCGGAGCUCACGGCGGCCGCGGCAGCGAUGCCGCCGCCGCCUUCCGCUCCCAGGGCCGAGCUGGUCCUGUAGCAGGUGGUGGCGCCCGUGACGCGAGCAUCUCCGCGGCGGGAGCGGGCAGCUGGGACGCCGAGAGAGGGCGCGCGACGAGGGCGGGGGCGGCGGCGCCGGUGGCGGAGUUCGCUUCUUCUGUUUUGGUGGGGGGCAUGUACGCCUGCCUGGCGCUGUCAGGGUCGGGCGCGCCCCUCCUCGGGCAAUCGCAAAUAUGGA